GGACCCGACCAAGCUCCAACCCCUACUAGGCCUUGUACCAGGAAGCGCUAGGGGGUAGAGAAGCUUAGAACUGAAGACAGAAUGGUGGUGUCUUCGCUAAAGCUUCACGACCUCAUCGAGGAGAUUCGUGGGGCCAAGACCCAGGCCCAGGAACGGGAGGUGAUCCAAAAGGAAUGUGCCCAUAUCCGGGCGUCCUUCCGUGAUGGGGACCCUGUGCAGAGGCACCGCCAGCUGGCUAAACUGCUCUACGUGCACAUGUUGGGCUACCCCGCCCACUUUGGACAGAUGGAGUGCCUGAAACUGAUUGCUUCCCCCCGAUUCAUAGACAAGAGGGUGGGCUACCUGGGGGCCAUGCUUCUGUUGGAUGAGAGGCACGAUGCCCACCUGCUUAUUACCAACAGCAUCAAGAACGACCUGAACCACGGGAUUCAGCCAGUUCAAGGCCUGGCUCUGUGCACGCUGAGCACCAUGGGCUCCGCUGAGAUGUGCCGGGACCUUGCCACAGAGGUGGAGAAGCUGCUCCUGCAGCCAGGCCCCUAUGUACGCAAAAAGGCUAUUCUGGCUGCAGUGCACAUGGUCCGAAAAGUUCCCGAGCUCUCUGACAUUUUCCUUCCACCUUGUGCCAAACUGCUUCAUGAGCAUCACCAUGGCAUCCUGCUGGGCACCAUCACGCUGAUCAUGGAGCUCUGCCAACGAAGCCCUGCAGCUCUCAGGCACUUUCAAAAGGUGGUACCCAAGCUGGUGCAGAUCCUCCGAACUCUGGUGACAACUGGAUACUCCAAAGAGCAUGGCAUAUCUGGAGUCAGUGACCCUUUUCUGCAGGUCCAGAUACUUCGUCUGCUUCGGAUCCUGGGCCGGAACCACGAGGAAAGCAGCGAGACCAUGAAUGACUUACUGGCCCAGGUGGCCACCAACACAAACACCAGCCGAAAUGCUGGCAGCGCAGUCCUGUUUGAGACAGUACUCACCAUCAUGGACAUCCGUUCUGCAGCUGGCUUACGGGUUCUAGCAGUCAACAUUCUUGGCCACUUCCUGCUCAACAGUGAUAAGAACAUUAGGUAUGUGGCCCUGACCUCAUUGCUAAGGCUGGUACAGUCUGAUCACAGUGCCGUGCAGCGACAUCGGUCCACUGUGGUGGAAUGUCUGCGGGAAACAGAUGCCUCCCUCAGCCGGCGGGCCUUGGAACUGAGCCUGGCUCUAGUGAACAGCUCCAAUGUGCAAGAUAUGACAAAGGAGCUACAGGCCUUUCUCAAGUCCUGCCCCCCAGAUCUUCGGGCUGACUGUGCUUCAGGCAUCCUGCUGGCUGCAGAGAGGUUUGCUCCAACCAAGCGGUGGCAUAUAGACACCAUCCUGCACGUGCUGACAAUGGCAGGCACCUAUGUGCGGGACGAUGCAGUUGCCAACCUGACCCAGCUGAUUGGAGGUGCCCAGGAGCUACAUGCCUACUCUGUGCGCCGCCUCUACCAUGCCUUGGCAAGGGACAUCUCUCAGCAACCGCUGGUGCAGGUGGCCACCUGGUGCAUAGGGGAGUAUGGGGACUUCCUGCUGGAAAACUGUGAGGAAACUGAACCCCUUAAGGUAGAAGAGGAAGAGGUGUUGGCACUACUGGAAAAGGUGCUGCAGUCCCACAUGUCCCUGCCAGCCACCCGUGGAUAUGCCCUCACAGCCCUCAUGAAGCUCAGCACCCGGCUUCAGGGGGACACCAACCGCAUCCGCCAGGUGGUGUCCAUCUACGGGAGCUGUCUGGAUGUGGAGCUGCAGCAGAGAGCCGUGGAGUAUAACAUGCUCUUCCAGAAGUACGACCACAUGAGAGCUGCCAUCCUUGAAAAGAUGCCCCUCGUGGAGCACAGUAGCCCUCAGGCUGAUGAAAAAGCAAAAGGAAGCAGAGAAGUAGCCCCGCUUUCUGAAGACCAGGCCCUUGUCCCCACAGAGCCCCAGACCUCAAAGCUCUCAGAUCUGCUAGAUCUCCUGGAUGAUACUUCUGGGGACACCCGCCAGCCACCUCCUCUGCAGCCCUCCCCAGAGGGUGGCGUAGUACACCUCCUUGAUCUCCCCAGUACACCUCCACCCCCAGCUUCCAUCCCAACUCUCAAAGUGUUUGAACGUGAGGGAGUACGACUGAAUCUGUCUUUCACUCGACCCCCUGGGACCCCUGCUUUGCUCUUAAUCACUGUCACCACUACCAACUCCUCAGAGGAUGAUGUCACCCACUUCAUCUGCCAGGCAGCUGUGCCCAAGAGUUUGCAGCUGCAGCUCCAGGCCCCCAGUGGAAGCACAGCUACAGCUCGGGGUGGCCUGCCCAUCACUCAGCUCUUCAGAAUCCUCAAUCCUAACAAAGCCCCUUUGCGGCUAAAGCUGCGCCUCACCUACAACCACUUUGGCCAGUCAGUACAAGAGAUCUUUGAGGUCAACAACUUGCCUGUGGAGACAUGGCAGUAACUACUCCAUGCACUCCCCAAAUCCUCCUGGCCCCAAAGCCACUGGCCCCAGCAGCCGGGAUCCUACUCCAGAGGGCCACUAGGUGGCACUCAGCUCUGCAUUUGUCACUGCAAAACUGUAGGAGCCUACCCUCCCUCACCUAUACUGAAAAAAGCCCAAUAAAGCCUGAGGCAGAUGGAAAACUAUGUAUUUUUUUUUCUUUUUUGCAGUACUGGGGAUUGAACCUGGGACCUUGUGUAUACCAGUCAGGCACUUAUGCCACUGAACUGUCUCCCUGGCCCAGAAAACCGUAUUUGGGAUAUGUCUGAGGUAGAAAAUAUGUAUGAAUAACAGCAAGGAAAGAAACUUCGCACACAAGAAGUAUGAAUCUUUCCUAAAAUAUUUGGAACCUAUCUCAAUAAUGAGGGUUUCCUUCCUACCUCUUUCCAGAUCUGGGAACACAUUUGUCCCUUAAUUGCCACAAGAGGCACUCUACCCUCUGGGCCAGAGCAGGGCACAGUAAAAAAAA